CUUCCCUUGCUUCCACACUACUCCACUUCCACAACAACACAGAGCUCCAGGAGAGAAUCCACACCGUCCAAUCUCUAUCAGACAGUUUUUAUCGGACACCCAAAUCGACGGUAGAGAUGGCAGCGACUCUAACGGCAGCAUCAGCCAGCUCCGGUUCCCUUCGCAAAUCGUUCUUGGGCCAGAACAAGGGAGCCAGUGCAAAUCCCCUCAGAGAGGUUGUUUCUAUGGGAAAUGGAAAAUUCACCAUGGGGAAUGAACUAUGGUACGGUCCGGAUCGGGUCAAGUACUUGGGACCCUUCUCUGCUCAGACACCAUCAUAUCUCACCGGUGAAUUCCCCGGCGACUAUGGAUGGGACACCGCCGGAUUAUCCGCCGAUCCUGAAGCAUUCGCCAGGAACAGGGCUCUCGAGGUGAUCCACGGCCGUUGGGCCAUGCUUGGUGCACUGGGCUGCAUAACCCCUGAAGUCCUUGAGAAAUGGGUGAAGGUGGACUUCAAGGAGCCUGUCUGGUUCAAAGCUGGGGCCCAGAUCUUUACUGAAGGUGGGCUCGACUACCUGGGCAACCCCAACCUGGUCCAUGCCCAGAGCAUCUUGGCAGUACUGGGCUUCCAAGUUAUCCUCAUGGGCCUCGUCGAGGGCUACCGCAUCAACGGUCUUCCAGGCGUCGGAGACGGUAAUGACCUCUACCCCGGUGGGACCUACUUCGAUCCACUCGGCCUUGCCGAUGACCCCGUUUCCUUCGCUGAGCUCAAAGUGAAGGAGAUCAAGAAUGGCCGGCUUGCCAUGUUCUCCAUGUUCGGAUUCUUCGUCCAGGCCAUCGUGACUGGCAAGGGCCCACUCGAGAACCUCUUGGACCACCUUGAAAAUCCUGUGGCUAACAAUGCAUGGGUCUAUGCCACCAAGUUCGUGCCAGGCUCUUAAAUGUCUCUUGGUUGUUCACUCCCUUGUUUUUGAGAGCACAAGAAAAUGGGAAGUGUGUGUAGAUUAUCAAUGUACUAUGGUUUCAAAUGCUAAAUUCAGCAGUAUAUUCAUCCA